GAGAGCGAGCAGACGUGGAGUGGACCAGCGUUUGGAAUAAUCAGGCAACUGCUGCAUACUCUAGUCAUAUUGGACACACACCUUGCAGUGCAUCUUAUUUUCUGAAGGUGAAGACUUACUGCAGCCAGUCAAAUUGUGAAAGCCGAAAAGGCAAAGGAAUAAUGGAGGUCUAGCGGUGGUUGAAUGAGUGUGCUGCAGCGCGGGAUUGUGGCCAUUCGUUCGCAAAACUUAGAUGCCGUGGUCUUAAAAUUAUUUGGUGGAAGACCCCUGGAGUGCUUCCACUGACCAGAAUUCCACUUGUACCCAGCUGAAAGCUAUUAGGCACAGCAACAACUUCCUCUCCUCAGAAUUCCACUGUAUUUGAAAGCAAGUGGAACUACUGCAGAUCAAAGAAGCUUGCAACACAGACACACACUUUUCCAACAUGAAUCGUGCUUUUAGCUGGAGAAAAGAUAAAACGUGGAUGCACACUCCAGAAGCUUUGGCGAAACUCUAUAUAUCCUACAAUGCAAAGUUUCUUGGAAAUACAGAAGUUGACCAACCAAAAGGUACAGAAAUCGUAAGGGAUGCUGUUCGGAAAUUAAAGUUUGCAAGACAUAUAAAGAAAUCUGAAGGACAGAAAACGCCUAAAGUGGAAUUACAGAUCUCAAUCUAUGGCGUGAAAAUUCUAGAUCCCAAAACAAAAGAAGUGCAGCACAAUUGCCAGUUGCAUCGGAUAUCAUUCUGUGCAGAUGAUAAGACGGACAAGAGAAUAUUCACAUUUAUUUGCAAAGAUGCAGAAUCUAAUAAACAUCUGUGUUUUGUAUUCGACAGUGAAAAAUGUGCUGAAGAGAUUACUCUAACGAUUGGCCAAGCAUUUGACUUAGCUUACAAGAAGUUUCUGGAAUCUGGAGGAAAAGAUGUUGAAACAAGAAAACAAAUAGGAAACCUUCAGAAAAGAAUUCAAGAAUUGGAAACUGAAAAUACAGAACUAAAAAAGCAAGUGCAAGAUAUGCAAGAACAGUUAAUGCUCAUUCAAGUGUGCCCAUUGCUGCACAUAAAUUCUGCUAACCAACAACACAUGCUUGAAAGACCUUCGUCUCUCUUCUGGUGUCAUAAUAUGAUGUCCACUUCUUAUUUAGAAAUCUCUUCUAUUACACUUACUCCAAUGAGCUCUCCUGAAUCCAACUUAUCCACUGGGCUACUAACUCCACCUCCCUCUAAAAGCACUCAACCAAAAGCUGUCAGUGGAUACAGUAUUCCGAGGCCUCGUGCAGGCAGCAUGACAGUUACGUCUCCACCUACAGACAUCUUUGACAUGGUUCCAUUCUCACCAGUCUCGCCUGUGUCACCAGUACCAGCAAGCAAUGGCACGCAGCCACCUGCUCUCCCUAGAAGAUCUAAUGAAACUGAAAAAGAUCUUUUUGGAGCUGAACCGUUUGACCCCUUUAUCUGUGGGGAAUCAGACUUUCCACCAGACAUCCAGUCCAAGCUGGAUGAAAUGCAGGAGGGGUUCACAAUGGGACUAACACUGGAAGGCACUGUGUUUUUUCUUGACCCCCUAGACAGUCGCUGCUGAUGCCAAGUAGACAUUUUGUAGUACUCAUCUUUCUAAAAAUGUUAUGUUUUGCAAGUGCACAUUUUAAUCUAGAGUUUAGAUGCAACUUUGCAUCUUGAAAUUAUAAAUCUGUGUCAAACACUACACCUUCAAACUUGUACAGUAACAGUCUCACAAAAUGUUUUAUUGUAAUCACUACUUUCAAUGAUUGAGCAAGCUAUACAUGCUCACAGUAACGGUCACCUCUGUAAUUUAGUACGGAGGAUACACUGGUUUCUUACACAGAUUUUGUAGAGUCAUUGUUCCACCAUAAACAGGAUUAGUCUGACCAAACUCAGAGCUUUAAUUAUAUACAGUACCUGCCUUAUGAUAACAAAAGGAACUUGGCAGUAACAGGUUAGUUUACUUGUACUAUCUUUCUGUUGCCAUAUGUUCAGCUUGCUUCUAAAAAUCAUUACUUUUAAAGGUUCUGGGCCAUAUUUACAAAACGUUAAGGAUUGAACGAUGAAAAGUGUUGCAUGAAUUGCAAACUCGAUUUGAUUAAUCAUAAAAUAAUCUUUAAAUCUUUGUGAAAAAGGCCCAGUGUUGCUAUAAGGAUUUAGGUUGGUUUGAUUGUUUUUUGUCAGGGGGGGGAGGCGGGGGAGGGGGCUUUCUAUUGCUAAUGUUUUUCCAUAUUGAUGUUUGAUGAACUGUAAAUGUCUGUUGCUUUUUACGUUUCAUAUUACAUUUGGUCUGAGUACCGUCUCAUACCAGAAAGCACUUUUUAAAUAUCUUAUGCAUACAAAAAAAGCGCGCUCAUCCUUUUGUGGAAUAUUUUACCUUUGUUGUCAAAGUCACUACAAGAAACCUUAACUGUCAUUACUCCAUAGUAUAGUUUGGUAUUUUUUAUUUUCAAAUAAUAGUAUUCUUCAAACUUGUCAAUGUCUCAAUAUCCAAACAAAUCAAAAUAUAUACUUUUAUUUCAUAAUUUAGAAAAACACAGCUGUCACUGCAGCUGAUAGUGGUAGCCUAAAGAAAACCAUGACUGUACACUUUGAGGGUAUGGAUGUUUAAUUCUACACGCAUUCCUUGGCAUUCAAUGAACUGCAGUUCAGUUUAAUAUUUGAUAAUUUACAUGACAGACUUGCUGUUAAUGUUUGGUGCAUUUGUAUUACUUUAAUACCACCACUGUUAACUUUGCAUUAUUUUAUGAGUUAUGACUGGAUUGAGGUCAUCUGAAUGUUUCGGUCCAAAGUAAUGAGAAUUUCUGCCUUUAAAAGCAAAAUUGAUAUAUGAUGGCAGUAUCAGACCAUUAAGUACAGAAGCAUAUGUUAAUACAAAAGAGCAACUGGACAGUGCACAUGUAUAAAACUAUACCAAUCUGGACCUUAGACCCAGACCCAAAUACGAGGUUUGUGAUGACCACUGUCAAGUUCUUAAGAAUCCCAAAUACUAUGCGACCUGUAAUAUUGCCGCCACAGAGCUUCAUUAAAUACUCAAUAGAAACCACAGGCAAUUACAACAUUUUAGCAGCUGUAAUUGAAUGUAUGUUACCAGUAUGUAUUUAAGACUGAAUUGGCACACAUCCUGGCUUUAUCCACAUCACGAAAAUUAAUUGGCAAAACUAUUAGUUGGCCAGGCCAGAAAUGAUUAAAUAGAUUUACUAAAACCCAGUUAAAUAGCAAUUGUUAAAGUAAUCCUAAAAUUAAAUUUCUUGAUUAAAAAAACAAA